AUGGCUUCAAUAAGUCUACUCCAAGUUUCUGUAGCCAUCCUUGGCUUUCUCACCCUCCAUUACUUUCUCUUCAAGAAACCUCACGGCCGGUUCCGAAGAAACUGGCCGGUCCUCCGGAUGCUCCCUGCUCUGCACAUGGCACUUCACCGAAUCUAUGACUACAGUGUUAAGAUUCUCGAAAUUUCUAACAUGACGUUUCCAUUCAAAGGACCGCGGUUUGCUGGAAUGGAUAUGCUGAUCACGGUUGAUCCAGCAAACAUUCAUCAUAUCAUGACCUCAAAUUUCUCAAAUUACAUCAAAGGACCGGCGUUCCAAGAUGUUUUUGAUGUUUUCGGAGACGGGAUCAUCACCACGGACUCGGAGCUAUGGAAGAAUUUGAGGAAGUCUUAUCAAGCCAUGAUCCAUCGUCAAGAGUUUCAAAGGUUUUCAAUGAAGAAAGGAACGAGUGUGGACUUGCAAGACGUGUUCGGCAGGUUCACUUUCGAUACAAUCUUAAUCCUUAUAACCGGUUAUGACCCUAGAUCUCUCUCCAUUGAAAUGCCUGAAGACGAAUUAGCUAAAGCUCUCGACGAUGUUGGAGAAGGGAUUUUGUAUAGGCAUGUCAAACCAAGAUUCUUGUGGAAGCUGCAAAACUGGGUGGGAUUCGGAGAAGAGAAGAAGAUGACUAGAGCUAAUGCAACUUUUGACCGUGUGUGUGCGAAAUACAUAUCAGCCAAGAGAGAAGAGAUAAAAAGAUCACAAGUGGUCACUGAUAUUUCCGUUGCGGAGAGUGGGGACCUUUUAACUUCCUUCAUAAAGCUAAAUACAACCAAGUACAAGCUCUUGAAUCCGAGUGACGACAAAUUCCUCAGAGACACCAUCUUAACUCUCAUUCUAGCCGGAAGAGACACAACAGCCUCCGCUCUCUCUUGGUUCUUCUGGCUUCUCUCUGAAAAUCCAAAAGUGGUAGCCAAGAUUCGCCAAGAGGCCAUCAACACGGAUAUAUCAAGAACCGGAAAUGGCCAAGAGCAUUUGGACAAGUUGGUGUAUUUACAUGGGGCGUUGUGUGAGGCAGUGAGACUCUAUCCACCAGUUUGCUUCGGGCGCAAGUCUCCUAUCAAAUCAGAUGUGCUACCAAGUGGUCAUAAAGUCGAUGCAAACUCCAAGAUUAUUAUCUGUCUUUAUGCAUUGGGGAGGAUGCGAGCGGUUUGGGGAGAAGACGCAUUGCAAUUCAAGCCAGAGAGAUGGAUUACUGAGAAUGGAGGCAUAAAACAUGAACCUUCCUUCAAGUUCUUAUCGUUUAACGCUGGUCCAAGAACUUGUCUAGGUAAGCAUAUAGCUAUGGCUCAAAUGAAGAUAGUGGCAGUGGAGAUAUUACAAAACUAUGACAUUAAGGUUGUCCAAGGGCAGAAGAUUGAGCCAGCUCUUGGUAUUAUAUUGUCGAUGAAGCACGGACUCAGAAUCACAGUUACUAAGAGAUGUUAAGCUUAUUUUAUUGACGUAUUAAUCAAAUCAUCAUGUUCAG